AUGAAGCUGUCCGGAGCCUUCAUCGUCCUGCUCGCGGCCUGGCCCAUGGCCACCGCGGUCCCUUUCCGCAUGGUGGACAAGCUGGCUCCCAUCAGACGAGAAGUAGGACCUCGCGCUCCCACCAAGGCGGAUGGAACUAGCUUCCCCCUGGGCAAUAGCACGACCAUCGGUACGCGGCCGCUCGCCACAAACGGCAAGUCUCUCAACCCGAACGAAUCUCACAGUCAAGACCUAGGUUGGGAGCGCAACUUUGGGACUGGCUUCCCGGCUGUCUUUGCUUCUGUACUGAAGGAGGACAUGGGAGUUAAGACCGAGCCUACGUUCCUUUCUGCUUUCGGAAUGUUGUCUCGUGACGGUACUGUCCUUCUUGAUCCUUGA